UGUAAUACAAUGUCAAGUGCCAAGAAACACACAGUGAGCGUGAAACUAGACUGCGGGUCAUCUCUCUCCGCCCUCUUCCGCCGCAGACACCGCCACCGCCACCGCAACUCCUCCUCCUCUUCGAGCUCCCUCAACACCACGGCCACCUUCUCCUCGUCCUCCGCCAUCGAGACGCCGCCGCACUACUGCUUCUCCUCCUCGGAGGCGGAGGAGUCGGACAUCAAGAGCCUCCGCGCGGUGCAGGGCUUCGGGAGGCUGGGCGGGCAGAGCGUGGCGGUCGAGAAAGAGUCGGACGACCCUUAUCUCGACUUCCGACGCUCCAUGCUGCAGAUGAUCCUCGAAAAGGAGCUCUACUCCAAGGAUGAUCUGAGAGAGCUCUUGAACUGCUUCCUGCAGCUCAACUCUCCCUACUACCACGCCCUCAUCGUCCGAGCUUUCAAGGAGAUUUGGAGCGGCGCCGCCUUCUGCUCCCCCUCCCCUCACUACUUCUGAAUGUUCGCUGCAUCUGUCCCGACUAUUAUUAAUUAAUUAAUUAAUCAUAAUUAGGACAGAUGCAUCGUGCAUUCAAAUGUGCCUCUUUAUUAAGUGCUUUUUUUUCACUUUUUUGUUUUAUUUUGAAUUAGUAUUUUAUCAUCAGUGCACAUUGCAUAAUGAAGUGUGUACUGAUGAAAUAAAAUACAAGGUCCGCAUAGUCUUACUAAGCAGCAGGAAAUGAAAUGUACUGCAGUAGUGAUGUUGUUGUUGAUUAGGUGUUGAAAAUUAUGUGAAGUAAUUGUAAUCUUGAUGUGUUUAAUUUAAGUUAAAUUUGCUGGAA